CCAUUGCCUUUGUCUCCACCGGCAGCAGCAGGGAGGACUGGAUCUGCACGCAGACAGGGUGCGUGAAAGCAAAGGGGAAGAGCUUCAUGUCGGCGGCCGAUCAUAUCACUGUUGCCGCUCAUCUGCAGCAGCUAGAGAAGCCUGGGUCAGCCACGAAAGCCUCUCUCGACAGGAUGAAUCUCACCGUCAUUCGCAAGGAGUACGGACUGUGA